UCAACCCAAGGCUGCUCCUCAGAGCCAGCAUUGCAUGAUAAUAUAAAUAUCAUGUCUUUUUUUAUGUUUAACAUUAUUGUUAUACGUUCCUACCUAAUUAUUUAGAGGGCAACAUGCCUCGCUUUAAGACACUGUGCUGCCAGCUGGACAUAUUAAAAUAGAUUUUUAACUUGUCGAUCAGGCCCAUCUUGAAGGACCAUUCAGGCAGGGGGUCUCCCAGUGCUAAGUUCUCAAUAUAAAAGCAUACAAUAAAAAACUGCCAGCUGCGUGUCAGUGUGAUCGACGCAAGUUGUCAGUAAGUGUCCUCCCAGAACAGAGAAAGAGGGGGAUUCCCCAAGAGUCCAGACCCCUUCCUGCUUAUUACAGAACCCUUUUCCUGGUCAGAUUAGAAAAAUCCCCCCAAUUAGUUGAAUAGUUUCACUAAAAGAAGGAGGGUUUGGAACCUGUUGGGCAAUGGGUAUCCCGGUAUGAAAAAUAUAUAAAGAGGAUGAAACCACGGCAGAUACACAGCUCAGUGACAGAACACUGUGAUACACAGCAACCUACUGAACAAAACCAUGCUCUCAGCACUCAAGUUUCAGAGAACUCCAAGGCACUUUUCCUGCCUGUGACUUCUACAUAAAUCUGCAGUUGAAGUGCAGGAAAGGCCUGCCCCAGAGGAGACAGUCACCAGCAGUUUUGGAGGGUUCAUCCACUCUGUGCACCCGGGCCAGCUGUCAGACACUGUGCUGCACCGCAGUAAGAGGAUGAUCCUGGACAGCAUCGGGGUGGGGCUGCUGGGAAGCACCUCCCACGUCUUCCAGCUGGCUCUGCAGCACUGCCAGCAAAUGUAUGCUCCAGAUUACAUCAGUUCAGUCUUUGGUCGAGGGCACACAAGACUUUCUCCGAGUCUGGCAGCCUUUGUCAAUGGAGUAGCGGUCCAUUCAAUGGACUUCGAUGAUACCUGGCAUCCAGCCACUCACCCUUCAGGGGCGGUCCUUCCUGCCCUGCUCGCUAUUGCUCAGAUGUUGCCUGGCAACGGCAAGCCCAGUGGGAUGGACCUCCUGUUAGCCUUCAACGUGGGCAUUGAGAUUCAGGGCCGGCUCAUGAGGUUCUCCAACGAAGCCCAAAACAUCCCCAACAGGUGAGGAGA